AUGACCUCGCCAGACUCUAGAAGAUCGGUGGAUAGCUUACCAUUAUCGUCUCCAAAGUCCUCCGUGUCACACCAGGCCCCCUUUCCACAACCAGAGAACGGUAACAAACCUGUACCACGGCCCCGAUAUGGGUCUCGCAGGAGCUCCAAUGCAAGCUCGAUUACAAGCUUGGGAUCAUCCUUCCAUCCGCCAUUACUACAGCAGCGGCAACAGCACGGAUCGAUAGCGGAAGCCGGGCAAAAUGCAAUCUCUACCCUUCUUCAACCUCCAAUUGUCCGGACUGGACUGCUUCCCCAUACUUCUGCACCCCCUAGUGGCUAUAAACCACCUUCGGCUCGCGAUAUACCUCCGGUUACCCUGACGAAUAUUCCACAUGUCGAUUCUGCGUCCUUUCAGCCAUAUCUAUUGCAAGUUGGGUCGUUAUACGAUGCGUUAUACCACGCAAAGGAAAAUGGAGACCAUGACCCGAGUAUAAUAAGAAGAAAUACACCAUCUUUGGCAUCGCCGGAACUUGACCAGAUACUCAGUAAGGCGCUCGAUGGGCGUCAGUCAGGGUCUUUUUCAUCCACGCCUCUUGACUCCUCUGCGCAGCGAUCUCGGCCUUCAUCCAGCCAUAGGUCGGCACUCUGUCCCACACCGCUAUCUACAAUACCAAACAUUUAUUUUGAUGAAAAUUUUCAGCUUGAAAACCCCAGGACAUUCGACAUAGUAUCAGAGCGAUCUGAGGUUAUCAGCUCUCCAAAAGGUCCCGAGCGGCCUGGUUCAGUGGAUGACUCAACUUCAGAUCGACGGCCUAGCAGAAAAGCCCUCGCCACAAACGCAAUAUUACAGGAGAAGCUCUCAUGGUAUCUAGACACAGUGGAAAUACACCUCCUUUCGUCGAUAUCGACAGCCUCGAAGUCUUUUUUCUCAGCACUAGGGUCCCUGCGGGAUCUCCAUACCGAAGCAGCAACAUCUGUGAAUAAUAUUAAAGUCCUACGCGAAGACUUGGCAAAAUUGGACGCUGAUAUGGCCCAAGGAGGAUUGAAGGUAGUCAAACUCCAACGUCGACGUGAAAACGUGAGAAAACUAGCGGACGCGGUUUGUCAACUACAAGAAGUCAUUUCUUCCGUAUCGAAAUGCGAGAAACUUAUAGAUAGCGGUGACCUUGAAGACGCCAUUGACGAACUUGAUGAUGUCGAGCGGCUCUUGGUUGGUGAAAGGCCGAUCAAAUCACGUCAAUACCUUACGGACACAGAUAGAAUUAUAGACUUACGUGGAGUUGAUGCACUUGAUCGUGCAUCGGAUGAUUUUGCUCAGCUCCGAUCUUACAUAGGUGCUGGGUAUGAAGGCAGAUUCUUAAACAUCCUUUUAGAAGACCUUCGCCGGCAUGUCGAAAGCUCCUCUCCAGAAGUGACAUUACUUCGACUUGGCGUAGCUUUCCAAAGGACUCGUCGUGGCCAACGGAAUACUCUGCCCAGUGCACCAGCCUACAUGACUGUGGAUAACGACAUGCGGUCGUGUCUACAGAAGGAGCUCUCAGGACUUGGUCGAGCUCGCUAUACAAUGACAGGCGCUACAUCCUUCAAAAAUGCGGUUCUCCGGGAAAUGAAGAAUAUAAUUCGUCGUCAUCUUCCUAGCUCGACCGAUGAGGAUAAUGAAUCAAUCAUGUCUGCUUCAACACAUGGCGGUAGACAGCUGAGCCAACAAGAAAAAUCGUCUAUCUUGGCUCGUAACUUACGCUCUUUGGACCCGGAUGACGCUUUCUCGAUGCUCACUACUAUAUAUACUGGCAUUAGUGAGGCGUUGCGUAGACUCAGUGUCCAAGUCAAGGUCUUGCUUGAUAUCACCAGCAAUUUGGGGAGCUCACCAAACUUAGUGAAAUCUCCGACUAGGAGUCAAAGCUCGCAAAGCUUAGAUACAAUGGCCAAUGUUCCGUCACCAAAUACCCUAGCAAGAGAUGAGAUCCUCCAAGUACUGGAUAUGUCAAGCUUGCUUGGCCAGGCUGUUGAUAUCGUUCAAUCACAAAUUGUAAAGGUGUUAAAGGUUCGAGGUGGACAGAUCGAGUUUUUCACCCUUGAGCAAUUUCUUCAAUAUUUCACGUUGAACAGGCUUUUCGCAGAAGAAUGUGAGGCAAUCUCGGGAAGGAGCGGCACGGCUCUAAAAACGGUUGUUGAUACUCAUAUCAAGAAUUAUAUGUCCAGUUUUGGAGAUGCCUGGAAACAUCGCAUUGUCCAGGUUAUGGAUUUAGAUAAAUGGGAUGCAAAAGAUUUUGGUGAUCGCGAAAAUACCUUCCUAUCCCGUGUUUUGGGGGCUAGCACACACGAUGCAGAUGUGUGGAAUGCAACCUCUAGGAUCUGGGGAACUGGCGAAAAUGACUCAGAGCAACCUCAAGACUCCAAAGAGGCGGCUGUAAACGGCUCAGGGACUAGCAAAGAACGAGUUCGAAGUGCAACUAUCGACGAACAGAAAUUUAUUCUUCCAGAGUCCGCAUUUUUAAUACUGCAAGCCAUCGAAGAGUUUCAACAUUUCAUGGCGGGAAUACCGAACGUGGUCCCGGACAUCGCUCCUAUUUUACUCGACUGCCUUAAAUUGUUCAAUUCAAGGACCUCGCAAUUAAUUCUUGGUGCUGGAGCAACAAAAAGUGCUGGGUUGAAAAAUAUCACCACCAAGCAUCUUGCUCUUGCAUCACAAUCCUUGAGCUUUAUAAUUGCAAUUAUUCCCUAUGUUCGGGAGUUUAUUCGCCGACAUUGCCCGUCAACUCCUGUGAUGGGUGAGUUCGAUAAGGUAAAGCGGCUUUACCAAGAACAUCAAUCUGGCAUCCAUGAGAAGCUUGUUGAUAUCAUGAGUUCUCGUGCCUCUGUUCAUGUUACCUCUAUGAAGAAGAUGGACUGGGAUGCGGAGUCGAAUACCAAUGCUGUCAGCCCUUACAUGGAGGUUUUGGCCAAGGAGACUGGAACUUUGCAUAGGGUCCUGUCGAAGCAUUUGCCAGAAUCACUUGUUGCAAUGAUCAUGGGCCCUGUUUUUGCAAGUUACAAGGAUCAAUGGACUGAUGCAUUCCAACAGGCACCACUAAAAACUGAGAAAGCUAGACAAAGGAUGUUGUCCGACGUCCAAUUCCUUCGGUUAAAGUUGGAAAAACUCGAUGGUGGAAGUGAACUUGCAGGCCAUCUUACUUCAAUAAUUGAAGCAAAACAUAUUGCGGCUAGUACAUCCUCUCCUUCCUCUAAUUCUGGAUCACCGGCUGUCCCUAGCCGCGACGCCUCAACCUUACCAAGUACCGGCGAGGGAAACGACUCUCACGACUCUUAA